AGCAUCCAAAACGAUUUAAUUCCCAACCCCUCUUAGUCCUACUGCGUACGCAUGGUUCCAUACAUAUAUAUAUAGAGAGACAAAUAUGGCCAAUCCUUCAACUAAUGCGCCCCCAAAAGAGCAACCACCACGCACCCCAACUGUCCAAAUCCCUUACCCUCCACUCUCUCUCGAUCUACAGCCGCAAGACCACUCGCCAAAACCUUCGUCUGCCGGUCCACAGGACAACCCAUUAGCAAGACUUGUUCAAUCUCCAGGCAGGACGAUAUUGAGUCAUCAGCCACAAUACCAAUCGCCAAAAUCUCCAACACCCAGCAGCGUACCAUCCAUUCCAUCGCCGACGCCGACGCCGACGCCGACGCCAAGGCCUGUUCAAUCUCCAACUGGUUCUGGAAGGCAUCCGACUUAUCGGGGAAUAAGAAGCAGGAGCGGCAAAUGGGUAUCUGAAAUACGCGAGCCGCGUAAAACGACGCGUAUAUGGCUUGGAACGUACCCGACCCCUGAAAUGGCAGCUGCCGCGUAUGAUGUGGCCGCUAUUGCCCUAAAAGGUUCCGACACGGAUCUAAACUUUCCCGAUAUGAUUCUUUCGUAUCCAAAAGCGGCUUCUACAUCGGCAACCGAUAUUCGGGCCGCAGCUGCUAGUGCUGCCGCUUCCAGGCUACCCAAGCCAGAUACUGGGUCAUCAAAAGACUCAAAAGAGGAACAAGGCAAGCCUGAAAAUGAGGGUACCAUGUCAAGUACUUGCAUAGAGUCUGGUUCUGGUCAGGAAUUUAUUGACGAGGAAGAGCUUCUAAACUUUCCCAAUUUGAUGGUGGACAUGGCUGGAGGAAUGCUUGUAAGCCCACCCAGGAUAAACUCACCACCCUCAGAUGAUUCACCGGAGAAUUCAGAUGCGGAAAGCCUGUGGACUUACACUUAAAGAGACUCAAAAUUUACUAUGAAUGUGAUAGUAUAAAGUACAAAGAAAUGUAGGAGCCUGUGAUUGAAAAGUAGAUGAUGAUCCGUAACAUGAAGGUAUUCAUGACUUUUUUCCCCUCUUUUUUUUUUUUUUUUAUUACCACUCCUUCUGUUUUGAUCUCUUUGAGGGGUAUGCCACAUGGCUGGGGGUGUUUUGCAGCUGAUUACGUUGGCUUGGAAUUAAUUUGCUGUAAGAGCGUGUAAAAUUAGCCAUAAAAAGAGUUGGAGCUUUUUUUCUGUUGGUAUGUUGUGAGCAGUGUGUAUUUCAGAGCUGUUGCUCUUAAGCUUGGCUGGGGUAAUUAAAGCAAGGGAGUCUUUGCUUUUCCCCGGUAGUUUCCAAUAAUACAAGUGUUUUCAUCACAUCCGUGGACCCCGGUGGACGCAAAGUUUCUCGUACGACAACGUCUCAUCCUCAUAAUCAGCAUUGCACCUUUUCUUUCUCUGGUUUCUUUCAUCUAUUGCCUAUAAAAAGCCUAUUUCUAAGUUAAAGCCAUUGGGUCGCACUGACUUGACUGGAAAUAACUUUCCUUUUAGAGCCAAAUUAAUUUGGUAACAUCGAUGAGGAUAUAAACUAAAAAGUAAUGCGAUAUACUGCCAUUCUAAACUUGAUAGAUUCUAGUAGUAUAUCUUUUUUCUUAGCGUAAUUCUGAAAACUUGUAGGACACACGGAUUGAUACCUUUGGAAAAGGAAAAAGAACCGCGAAAUAAUCACUUACAAAGUCGGAAAUAAGAUGCCUCACCUGUUAUAACGGUAUAAACUGUUUUACAAACAACGUUUUGUUCUCUUUUGAAUGUUUUCAUACAAAAUAAUGUUUUAUUUUGCAACUUCAAUCCAGUUUCUUGUUUUUUUCUUUUUGGUAUAUUGCAGCCUUAGGUACAGUUGGUAAAAUGUUUGUUAAUUACUAACGCAAAAAAAAAAAAAAAAA